AUGUCCUACACCCCGGGCCAGCCUGUCACCACUGUAGUGCAAAGAGUUGAAAUUCAUAAUUUGCGUCAAGGUGAGAACUUAAUCUUGGGCUUCAGUAUUGGAGGUGGGAUCGACCAGGACCCGUCUCAGAAUCCCUUCUCGGAAGAUAAAACAGACAAGGGCAUUUACGUCACACAAGUAUCAGAGGGAGGUCCUGCUGAAAUUACUGGGCUGCAGAUUGGAGACAAGAUCAUGCAGGUGAACGGCUGGGACAUGACCAUGGUCACUCACGACCAGGCUCGGAAGCAGCUCACCAAGCACUCGGAGGAGGUGGUCCGCCUGCUGGUGACUCGGUAG